AUGGUGAGGCAUUGUAGCAUUUUUCACCUGCUGCAGAAGAAGAUGGCUGGUUUAACCAAAGGGUUACAGUAAUAAAGGGGGGCACUGGUAGCAUCCAAUAUGACUGCAGUGGUAAAAACACUGUCCCAAGCCCGUCCUGUGGGCAAAGACUUCCACCUGUCUACCAACAUCCCAUUUCUGGACAGGAACAAUCCAGAUGCCUUCUCAACAUGUUCCCAGAAGGACUUCCAGCCUUUGUCUUCCAAGAAGGCAGAGCCUUUCCGUCCGCCCACGAAAGCCCAGUUGGACCACAAGGACUUGAGGCACAUCAAGGAGUACCUGACAGAGGCGAUGGUGUCCUACCACCGUCACCCAUUGCUACAGAUCACCCGCACCCCACGCUGGACCACACUUCACACCAACUUCAAGAUGCAAACAGACCCAGGGGAGGUUGCUUUCCUCACCACACAGUCCCAGAAUUUCCAGCCCCAGCCUUUCCAGCCCCCUCCCACUCUCAUCCGACACACAAAGGUCAACAAGAAGACCCAACACGUGGAAAAGCUCCCAGAGAGCACCAACAAAGCCUCCUUCACCCUACACCGUCGCUGCCCUGUUGUAAAAGCCACAGCUAAACAUCUAGAAGAGGGCUUUCCCACAAUCAAAGGGGACAGACGCGGUCACAGCUUUGUCUCUCAUUACAACAACACCUUCCAGGGAGCCUGGAGCACAGUGGCUAAACCUGUAGAAAAGAGAAGACGUUUUCUCAGAAUUCACAGACAGACAGACUCAGGUCAGCACUCUUCAGUGACUAUGGGUGAUCCUGUGAAGAUUGUCGAGAGAGAGACGACCCACGCUGCGUCAUUCAGCUGGCCCACUGUCUGCAGGCCGGCUGUGGUGAAGGAGCGUUUGAAGCUCAAUCUUGGAAAUAUCUCUAAGGACUUAUGGUCAUCCACAUCCAGAGAAGCCUUUUGUCACCACAAGCUAGGAGAUCCAGUUGUUGUGAUGAUGAGGAACCAAAAUUUCUGUUCCUUACCCAAGGGGGACACUGAUACGAGGUGCAACAAAGAGAUGAUGUAUGUCACCACCAACAGAAUCUCCUUCUCUGAUCUAAACCACAAAGAGCGUCCGGUGCACGUGAUCGGGGCUGACCUGAUGACCAAGAGCCAUGUACAGUUCAGCCCACCUCGUCUGUCGGGCCUGUACUACACAUCCACGGCCAAACAACACUACAGCAAACAGGAGGGAGAGCGCGCCAGACCAGCCAUUCAGCUGCCGAGCAACAUACUGAGUGGACCAGAACAUCAGUUCAACCCCAGCACUACCAAGACUGAUUACCUCCCUUUGAAGACCUGCAGACAGACACCUUGUCCGUCACAGCAGAGGAGCAACAUCAGGUUUCCACUGGCUGAUCAGCACUUCCGCACCUCUCACAGUGAAGACUACACGGCCAAACCUAUGAUCUUUCAGCCACCUGCCUACAGCCAAUUCAGCACUCAUUUUGUCAUGCUGUAACUAAAGUCACUCUGUCAUCA